AGCACUCAUAGAAUAUUGCCCUCCUCUCGAAUACCUAGUCCCUCCCAUUCCUUUUCGUUUUCUUCCUCUGUUUCCUUUUCUCUCUCUCAACUCCAGCCCACCUCAACAUCUUCUCUCUCUCAUCUCGUGAAUCGGUGUUCUCCCUCCACCUGGUGGUCGAUUUCGCCUAAGCUCACUGUUCUUGUGCUAACUCACUUCGGCCGACGGAGAUGGAUUGAAGGGCGAGGUUCCUCACUUCGGCCUGAGGAGAGCGAGAGAGGGGAAAUUUAAUGACAUUGCUGCAUCGAAUCUGGGUUUUGAUGGAUGAAUAUGUUUCAAUCUGAGGAGAUUUCUAGAAUAUGCUCUCUCUGCGAUUCGUUCGCAGAUUCUGUCAUGCUAUUGCCACCAUUGCAUCAACUGAAAGUUUUGCAGCCGAAUCAAAUUUCAUUCGAGACUUGAAACCACUAGAAGAACCUGCCCUUGUGAAGCUUAAAAACGAGCGGGACCCUGAGAAGCUGUUCCAUUUGUUUAAGGCCAAUUCACACAAUCGCCUUGUCAUUGAAAAUCGAUUUGCAUUUGAGGAUACAGUGUCUAGGCUAGCUGGUGCGGGCCACUUUGAUUACAUUGAGCAUUUGCUUGAGCAUCAGAAGUCUCUUCCGCAGGGUCGGCGUGAAGGGUUCGUUGUGAGGAUCAUAAUGUUGUAUGGUAAGGCUGGAAUGACUAAACAUGCUAUCGAUACCUAUUAUGAUAUGCAUUUGUAUGGAUGUCGAAGGACUGUUAAAUCUUUCAAUGCUGCCCUUAAGGUUUUGACGAGAACCCGUGACUUAAGAGCAAUUGAGGAAUUCCUUAACGAUGCUCCUGUGAGGUAUUGUGUUGAAUUGGACAUUUAUUCAGUUAACAUUGUUACAAAGGCUUUUUGCGAUAUGGGUUUUUUGGAUAAAGCAUAUUUAAUCAUGGUAGAGAUGGAAAAGUUGGGAUUAAAGCCGGAUGUGAUUACGUACACAACCCUUAUUUCUGCAUUUUAUGAGGAUAACCGGUGGGAGAUUGGUAAUGGGCUGUGGAAUAUAAUGAUGCUAAAGGGGUGUCUACCAAAUCUUGCAACUUUUAAUGUUAGGAUCCAACAUUUGGUUAAUAGGAGACGAGCAUGGCAAGCCAAUGGUUUAAUGGUUACGAUGCAGAAGUUUGGAAUCACACCUGAUGAGGUUACCUAUAAUUUGGUGAUCAAAGGAUUUUGCCAGGCUGGGUAUCUUGAAAUGGCCAAAAGGGUCUAUUCUGCCUUACAUGCCAAGGGCUACAAACCCAACAUUAAAAUUUAUCAGACCAUGAUUCAUUAUCUCUGUAAGGGAGGGGAUUUUGAUUCGGCGUAUGGGAUGUCUAAAGAAUGCAUGAGAAAGAAUUGGUUUCCAAAUAUUGAUACCAUUCAUUCAUUGCUUGAAGGCCUCAAGAAGAAUGAGCAGCUUGGUAAGGCAAAGGUCAUCCUGGCAUUGGCUCAGAAUAGGGUACCUCCUUUUUCUUCGAGCCAAUUGGGUGCUUUAAAAUCCACAUUGUCCAAGUAUUGAAGUAAGACGAUGGACUGGUAAGCCUGUAGUAGUUUGAUUAAUGUAGCCGAGGAAUGCUACUUAUAAAAAAAAAUGUAGCUGGGGAAUGCUUAGUUGGAGCUGGUAUUCUUUUACACAAUUCAUUUGUAAAUUUGCAAAACUAAUUGGACAUGGGAUCUUAACGGGUUUAUUCAUACCAAAGGCACUUGCUGUUUACUCCAGUUAACUUGUUGUAACACCUCUAUAAAUUCAUGAUGAAGGAGAGUUCUUGAUGGA